AUGGCUGUUCUGCGCCCUGUAGAUAUGCGGAUGCAGCCUGCCCCAUACGAGGGCCGGAUGAAAGUGAUCCAUAAGAUACUUGAACAGCUCCAGAAAUAUAGACCGCGGAAGGCCAACCUGGAGGGUCUGGCCGUGCAAUGGGAGCACGAGGUGGCCAAGCGGUCCAGCUCGAAGCACGGGUACAUGUUCAAUGCGAGCUUGCUACUGCGUGACAUCGCGCGGCACAAAGGUAACCUGAAUCGACAGGGGCGAUACGAGGCGCCGGCACCGCAGGUGAGUAAGGCAGAGGUGCUGGCCGCGCUACGGAACCUGGUGCUGAGCGAGCAGGUGCUGUCCGAGAAUGGCUAUGUCACGGCGCAGGACGCUUUGGAGAGCGCGGCGGAGGAGAAAGAGGGUCUGGAGACGUGUGUCAGGUGCCUGAAGAAGUUCGAUGUGCGCGACAUCAUGGUGCCCACGCAGUGCCAGUUCCACGUGCUGAAGGAGCAGUAUAACAAGGACAUGCGGACAUUCCAGUACCGCUGCUGUGGCGAGAUAGGCACCUCCUGCACGCCGUUUGCGCUGGGGUGCAAAACGCUGGAGCACCACGUGUUCCGGCCCUGCACGUACGCCGCCAUGUCGAAGCUGUUGCCGUUCCGCAACACGCGCGGGGUGGAGGGCGAGACGAACGUGCUGGCGCUGGACUGCGAGAUGGCAUACACUUCCUGCGGGUACGAGCUGAUCCGUCUGACGGUGGUCGAGUUCUGGACAAACGCCGUGCUCUUUGACGAGAUCGUGCAGCCACUGGGCGAGAUCAUCGACCUCAACACCCAGUUCAGCGGCGUCCACGAGAUAGACCGCGCUGUGGCGAAGACAUUUGAGGAGGCGAGGGAGGUAUUUUUGUCGCCGGCGAUGAUUAACGAGAACAGCAUACUGAUUGGCCACGGCCUGGAAAACGACCUGAACGUAUUACGGAUUAUACAUGAUAAAAUUAUUGAUACAGCUAUAUUAUACCCGAAUGGUAAGUUCAAGUCCUCCCUCCGGAAUCUAGCCUUUCAGGAGCUCAGUAGACGGAUCCAGACGGGCGAGCACGACAGCUCAGAGGACGCCAUUGCAGCAAUGGACGUCGUCAAGCAUAAGCUGGGCAUCCCGCUCGACCGCAAGACGUGGUAG